UCUGUGUCUACAACCUGAAACAAACCCAUCCCCUAACCUCUGCCAUGCUUCAACCCAUCCACCACAGCUUCUCUAGUUCCUGCUAUGGCAUCAAUGGGUUAUCGUGACACGGUGUUUGGGCACAUCUUUGGAAUAACAGCCUUAAUUCUCCUGUUAGCAUGGCUGUUGCAUUUCCAUGGUGGCAUUGAUCUAGAUUCCAAUGAAGCUGCACAUAUGUUCAAUGUGCACCCAUUUCUUAUGUACUUCGGGUUCAUUUUUUUCGCUGGUGAAGCCAUGAUGGCUUACAAAACGGUAUACACAGAGUGGAAGGUUAAUAAGUUAGCUUACAUUUCUCUCCAUAUUAUCGCUAUAGUACUGGGGAUUGUUGGAAUCUAUGCAGCUUUCAAGUAUCAUGACAAGCAAAGGAUAACAAAUAUGUAUAGCCUGCAUUCAUGGCUAGGCAUUGGAACCUUCUGCUUAUAUGGUUUACAGUGGAUCAUUGGGUUCUUGACAAGGACUACAUAUGCCCCUUGGCAUAUAAGUUUUAGUAGGGUUCUUCUAUACAUGGCAAUAUGCACAGCAGAGAGUGGACUAAUGCAGUCAUCAACCCUCUUGGGGCUUAAGACUGGCACUGAAUUAUUCCUAGUCAACUUCACUGGAUUGUUCAUUCUUCUCUUCGGCAUUGCAGUGGACUUCUCUAUUGCAUCUAUACCAAUGGUUGACUUAUCAAUUGCAUCUUUCUUCUUCUUCUGUCGCCCCACCCCCAACCCAUUAUUUGGCAGUGCUUUCUAAAUAUUUGUCACUAUUUUUUUUUGGGUAAGGGUGUGAUAAUGAAUACUAUGCCAUGGGAUGAUUGAGUUUUCUUCCUUCCUAGGCCUAAAAUGAAGAAAUUGAGGAACUUAGAAUAGCUUCAUGGAGGGGAGUAAACUGUGAUUUUUUUUUGUUUUUUGAAAUAAAUUGUGGAUUGAAUAACUGAUUCCUGAAUUUCUUGAAUAAGGUGUAUCUUGGAAGGUGAAUGGUGUGAGAGAACUGUGAGGCAUUGACAGUAAUAAAGUUAAUAUUUGUUA